CUUAUGGUCAGCGGGUGGCACCGCGCGCGCAUGCGCACGGAGCCUCACAGCCGGUGACACCCGCGCGCCUGGAGGAAUCGCCGCUGUCGCUUCGAUCCCCCUCUCGCGUGGCACCCUGAGGCCGGUUUGAAAGCAACCGUCGCCAUGCGGCUUUAACCGCUGCUGGGACCAGCCCGGCUCCCGCGCUCCCUCGGGGCGGGCCCCGCGCUGUCUCGGGCCGGGCGGAGCGGCGAGGCGGCCGCGCCUCAGAUUAGAAAGUGGAAUUUUGUCCAGUUUCUUCUUGCAAAAGAAAUAAAACUAGAGAAUAAAAAUGGGUACUCCUGGGUCAGGAAGGAAAAGAACUCCAGUAAAAGACAGAUUUUCUGCAGAAGAUGAAGCUUUAAGUCACAUUGCCAGAGAGGCAGAAGCAAGGCUUGCAGCCAAACGAGCAGCUCGAGCAGAAGCAAGAGAUAUACGUAUGAGGGAACUGGAGAGACAACAAAAAGAGCUUUCUCAUCGCUCUUAUGAUAAAAAAUGGGGGCAUAUCCAAAAAUGGAUGGAAGAUUCAGAAAGGGCCAGGUAUUCUCACCGGCCCAGUCAGCGUUCAUAUCUGGAAGUGUAUGACAUAGUAUCUUCCCAAAACACUGGCAGUCAUAGAUAUGAAGGCAUGAAGGAUCGAUCUACAAGUUACUCUCUCUCAACUCAUGCUUACAGUGACUCCCAUGGUAGAAAGAAGGAAUAUGCUUAUUCCCACAAAGAUCUGUUGAGUGGACUUUACCAUGAUCAAAGAAAUUAUAGCAGCCUUAGACAUAGCAAACCUGCUUCUUCCUACCAUACUCGGUCCUCUUCUUUAUACAGUGAUCCUGUGGCAACUACUAAGAGUUACAGGGUAUCUCCUACUGUAAACACUGGUUUGAUAAGAAGUACCAGUUUGGCGUCAUUAUGUGGUGAUGGAUUAUAUAGCUCAUAUAAUUCUCGUACUCCAUCUGAAUACAGUUAUUACUCUUCAAGAGCAAGCUCAACUCGAAGUAGUCCUGUGUUUACAGAUGAUGAACUAGAGAGUACCACAUCCUCUCAUCAUGUGAGCCGAGGGCGGAGAGAUAGUGUGGUGAGCUGGGUUGCAUGCCAUGAAACUGCAGCUGAUUAUUUUAGUCGUUCCAACCGUAGGGGAAGUAUUGUCUCUGAUGUGGAUGAUAUAAUUAUUCCAGAUCUAAAUAGCCUGGAAGAAAAGUGUGACAAACAAUAUUCGGAAAUUUAUACAAGGCCGGCAUCUCGAAAUUCAGCAAGUGCAACUCCCCUGAGCGGAAACUCAUCCAGACGAGGGAGCGGGGAUACCAGCAGUUUGGUUGAUCCCGAUGUCUCAUUAACUGAAUUGAGGGAGAUCUAUGAUCUUAAGGACCAGAUACACGAUGUAGAGGGGAGAUACAUGCAGGGACUUAAGGAACUAAAGGAUUCUCUUGCUGAAGUUGAAGAGAAGUAUAAGAAGGCCAUGGUAUCCAAUGCACAGUUAGAUAAUGAGAAAAACAAUUUGAUUUAUCAAGUGGAUACACUAAAAGAUAUCAUUGAAGAGAGAGAGGAGCAGAUGGCAGAAUUCUUCAGGGAGAACGAAGAGAAGUCAAAGGAACUGGAAAGGCACAAACACAUGGGCAAUGUUCUGCAGCAUAAGUUGGAUGAACUUAAAGAAGGUCUUCGCCAGAGAGAUGAACUAAUAGAGGAGAAUCAACGCAUGCAGCAGAAAGUAGACUGCUUAACCAGAGAGGUGUAUGACCUCCAGGAGACAAUUAAUUGGAAAGAUAAAAAAAUUGGGGCUCUAGAAAGACAGAAAGAAUACUUUGACUGCAUUAAGAAUGAGCGAGAUGAGCUCAGAGAUGAGUUGGCUGACAUGAAGGAAACAAUGAAGAGAGGAGAGAAACAUGGAUUAGUUAUAAUCCCAGAUGGCACUCCAAAUGGUGAUGUAAACCAUGAACCAGUGGUUGGUGCAAUAACUGUUGUAUCACAAGAAGCAGCUCAUGUCUUGGAAACUGCAGGAGAAGGACCACUAGAUGUUCGGCUACGAAAACUGGCUGAAGAAAAGGAAGAACUAUUGUCACAGAUUAGAAAGCUGAAGCUGCAGUUAGAAGAGGAACGACAGAAAUACUCUAAAAGUGAUGGUUCAAAUCCAGAUAUAACAGGAUUAGAGAAUGGUUCUGACUUGCAGUUAAUUGAAAUGCAGAGAGAUGCCAACAGACAAAUAAGUGAAUACAAAUUUAAGCUUUCAAAAGCUGAACAAGAUAUAACGACCAUGGAACAAAAUAUUGGAAGACUUGAAGGACAGGUUAUGAGAUACAAAACUGCAGCAGAGAGUGCAGAAAAAGUAGAAGAUGAACUCAAAGCAGAAAAAAGGAAACUUCAACGAGAGUUAAGGACAGCACUGGAUAAGAUGGAAGAGAUGGAGAUGACCAAUAGCCACUUGAUGAAACGGUUGGAGAAGAUGAAGGCUAAUAGGACUGCUCUUCUAUCUCAACAGUAGAGAAGACUUCUUUUUUAAAUGUGCACUGCUCCUUGAAAUAACUAGCCCUUAGUUUGUUUUUAAUACAGACUUUCAUUGGCACAAACUUUUGAACACUGAACUGUUCAGUGAUAUUUUAGUUUCCUAAUUAAGUGGCAUACUUUGUAACUUAUGAGAGAAUGAAAAAUAGUUCCAGUUCCCAUGUGAAUGAUGGUGAUUUUGUUUUCUUUACCAGUUUGACUUUAAAGUCAUCUGGAGCACAAUGCUGUAUGAUUGACUUAUUGCUAGAAAAUAUGUUUUCACAACUGUGGAAUCAAGUUUACUCACAAUCCUUAUUUCAGCUGCUUUAAUGAUGCUUGGAGACAACUGCAUGACUUCAAGAGGACACUGUUUAUUAAACUAACAAAUAUAUUUGCUCAAGACAUCACACAGCACAAGUGCCUUCUAUAUGGUGCAAUUUAGAUUUCAGUUAUGUUAGAUUGUCAAAAUAACCUUUGAAAUCAGAUAACUUUUAUUUUAAGACACAUUUUGGGCUCUCUGUUCACUAAACUUUAUACAUUUUGAUGGAAAGAUGCAUUUUUGUAUAAUAUUUAAAUUUAUAAGAAAAAAAUAGGGACUGUAUAUAAAACUUGCUUUUUGCAUGGGUGAUGGUACAGUUGCGUUCCAGAUUUUUGUCAAAUAUAAGCCCUGAAAUUCUUGAUAUAACAGGAGGGACAUCAAACUCUACAAGAGUUCUUUUGUUGUACAUUGUAAAACUGUAUCAUUUGCUGCUUAAGUGUGGAUUUAACUUUUAGGGUGGGAGGAGGGUUUGAAAAAUGUGGCUGAUGAACUUAUUAAAUGGACACUUUACUGACCAGAA